AUGCUCACACCAUUAAAAUGUUUCUCUAAUUCGCCAUUUUUUGCUACCGUCUAUAAAGCAAGGGACAAGAACGCAAACCGAAUCGUGGCUAUUAAGAAGAUUAAGCUGGGACAUAGAUCAGAAGCUAAAGAUGGAAUCAACAGAACUGCCCUCAGGGAGAUAAAAUUGUUGCAGGAACUAAGCCAUCCAAAUAUUAUUGGUCUUCUAGAUGCAUUUGGACACAAGUCCAAUAUUAGUUUGGUGUUUGAUUUCAUGGAAACAGAUCUAGAGGUUAUUAUAAAGGAUACUAGUAUUGUGUUGACACAAUCUCACAUCAAGGCAUAUAUGCUGAUGACGCUUCAAGGAUUAGAAUAUUUACAUCAGCACUGGAUUCUGCACAGGGAUCUUAAACCAAAUAAUUUGUUGUUAGAUGAAAAUGGAGUUUUAAAAUUGGCUGACUUUGGCUUGGCAAAAUCUUUUGGAAGCCCGAACAGAGUUUAUACACACCAGGUAGUAACAAGGUGGUACCGAGCCCCAGAACUAUUGUUUGGUGCCAGAAUGUAUGGUGUUGGUGUCGAUAUGUGGGCUGUUGGUUGUAUUUUAGCUGAGUUGCUCCUCAGGGUUCCUUUUUUGCCCGGAGACUCUGAUCUUGACCAGCUGACAAGGAUAUUUGAAACACUGGGAACUCCAACAGAAGAACAGUGGCCUGGGAUGACGAGUCUUCCAGAUUAUGUCACAUUUAAGUCUUUCCCUGGAAUGCCACUGCAACAUAUCUUCAGUGCAGCUGGUGAUGAUUUGCUCGGUCUUCUGCAAGGCUUAUUCACAUUUAAUCCUUGCACUAGGGUUACGGCUACUCAGGCAUUGAAGCAGAAGUAUUUCAGUAACCGACCAGGACCCACUCCAGGACAUCAGCUGCCAAGACCCAACUGUCCUGCAGAAGCUGUAAAGGAGCAACAAAAUGCACUUUUAAAUUUAAAAAGGAAAAAAACAGAAGGAAUAGAUCAAGGAUUGCCAAAAAAAUUGGUUUUUUGAUUGCUGUGGAUGGUGGAUGAAAAU